GUGUCUUGAGUGCACAUCACAUGUAGCAGAAAUGGAGGCUUUCGCUAAGCUCGGUCUCUCUGCUUGGCUUAUCGAGCAAUGUAAACAACUGGGGAUCUGCAAGCCCAGCCCUGUACAGGAGAACUGCAUACCGGCCAUACUGGAGGGCCGGGACUGCAUGGGCUGUGCUAAAACCGGCAGUGGAAAGACAGCUGCUUUUGUGUUGCCCAUUCUCCAGAAACUUUCUGAGGAUCCAUUUGGAAUAUUUUGCUUGGUUAUCACACCAACUCGAGAACUAGCCUAUCAGAUUGCAGAACAAUUCCGUGUGCUGGGCAAACCGCUUGGAUUGAAGGAUUGUAUAGUUGUUGGUGGAAUGGACAUGAUUGCGCAGGCUUUGGAACUGGCUAGAAAGCCUCACAUUGUAAUUGCAACUCCCGGUCGGUUGGCAGACCAUAUCCGCAGCUCAAACACAUUCAGCAUCAAGAAAAUUCGGUUCUUGGUUUUGGAUGAAGCUGAUCGUCUAUUAGAGCAGGGGUGCACAGAUUUCACCCAGGACCUUCAGGUGAUCCUUAGUGCUGUCCCUGCCCAACGCCAGACACUGCUGUUUAGUGCCACUUUGACAGACACUUUGCAGGAACUGAAGUCCAUCGCCAUGAACAAGCCCUUCUUCUGGGAAUCCACUUCAGAGGUGCGAACAGUCGAGCAGUUAGACCAAAGGUAUGUCCUGGUACCUGAGAAGGUAAAGGAUGCUUAUCUGGUCCAUCUGAUUCAAAAGUUCCAGGAUGAACAUGAGGACUGGUCUAUCAUGAUCUUCACAAACACCUGCAAAAACUGUCAGGUUCUAAACAUGAUGCUGCGUGAGUUCAACUUCCCAUCUGUGGCCUUGCACUCGAUGAUGAAACAGAAGCAAAGAUUUGCUGCCCUUGCCAAGUUCAAAUCCAGCAUCUACAAGAUUCUCAUUGCGACGGAUGUUGCUGCCAGGGGGUUGGAUAUUCCUUCUGUCCAAGUUGUUAUCAACCACAAUACCCCAGGACUGCCUAAGAUAUACAUCCACCGCGUGGGACGUACAGCAAGAGCAGGGCGAAAAGGUUUGGCAAUCACUUUGGUUACACAAUAUGACAUUCAUUUAGUAAAUGCAGUAGAAGAGCAGAUCAAUAUGAAGCUACAGGAAUACUCUGUGAAGGAGAGCGAGGUGCUGAAAAUCCUCACCCAUGUCAAUGUGACUCGAAGAGAGUGUGAAAUAAAACUAGAAUGCACAGACUUUGAUGAGAAGAAGGAGAUAAACAAGAGAAAGCAGCUCAUUCUUGAGGGAAAGGAUCCUGUUCUGGAAGCAAAACGGAAAGCAGAGCUGGAGAAAAUUAAGAAGCAGAAGAAGAAAUUCAAGGAGCACAUUCAGGAGUCCAUUCAGCAGAAGCAUGAUGCCCAAAUACGCAGGAAAUUAAAGAAGAAAUUUCUGCGACAGGGAAAAAAGGCAGCCAAGUCCCAGCAAUGACAGUACUCCCUCUUAAGGGGAAAUAAGUCCACCAAAAGUACAUGGAUAGACCUGGAGGUCUAGAUCUUCCAUGCAGGGUCUAGACUGUUUAUCAUCAUCCUGAUGGCUAUGGAUUUUCUGGCCUCUGUUGUACAAUUAAACUUGUAGCCUUGGAUAAUCCUCCCCACUGCAACUUUGGAACCAAGUGCCUUUGAUUAUUACACUUGACAUGCUUAAUUCCUGCUGUCAAAUCUUUUGUAGUAAAUGCUGAUUGUUAUUAUCCUGAAUACUAGCGAUCUACACAUGUGGCUGAGUAUUGUCAUUGUUAACAUUCUCCAAAAUAUGACAGUGGCUUUCCUGGGAUUUAAGAGGUUUUUUUUGCCAUUCUUCAUAACGUUUGCUAGUAUUUUGAAUGUCUCGUGAUAAAUAUGGCUGGGAUCUUGAAGGCCAUGUCUCAGAUUUUCACAGUUUAAAAGUCAUGGAUAUUUUGUCAUCUGUUGUUCCAACACAGUCUGCAAGAAUGCUCUUUAUUAUUAUUUUGUUGAUGGGAAGUUUCAGUUCUGUGCUGAUUUUAUUCAAGGACAACACAAUGCCUAACAGCCAUGGCUGUCUCGUAAAAUAGUAUUGCUCUUCUGUCAUCUGUAGAAAUUUAUUUAAUUUGCAUGUAGAAUUAUAGACUAUUUUUGGGAACCUUGCACUCGACUGCUUUGUAUAAAUCACUUGCCCAAGUGUUUCACUAGGUCCCGUGUCUUGGUAAAAAAAAGUCUUUUUUUUGUUUAUUGCGUAAAAUGUAUAAUUUGACAGAUGAACGUUUAAGACAAUGAAAGGAACUUUUUCAAGAUACAUUAUGCAAAUCAAACCCCCUCCUAAUUCACCAAAACAAGAUUGCUAGUCCAAAAGACAUUAACUGUAUUCAUAUCAUCUUUACUAAAAGAGAUUACACGGUAACGGAAUGGAUAAUGUAUUUAAGAGAUUCUGUAUUCUCUUUGGAUUUGCAAUAUUAAAAGAUGAUGUUACUAA